AUGACGCAUAUCAUGAAGCCUCUUUCAGAUUUGAUGGACAAAAUUGAAGCUGAAGCCCUGCUUUCAGGCUCAGUCUAUAAAUGCCAAGCUCCCCAACUCAAAAAACGCACCAAGUUCAAUCAAUCCUGCAACUCCUCUUCGUACGUAGUUUUCCUUUUAUCAAGUCCAAAAGUCUUUGUUUAUCAUGGGAGUUUUCAUUACGAGGCUGAGACCCCCUCCGUUAUCCCAGCGGCUAGGCUGUUCAAGGCCUUUAUCCUUGAUGGCGAUAACCUCAUUCCAAAGGUUGCACCUCAAGCUGUUAGCAGUGUUGAGAACAUUGAAGGAAAUGGAGGGCCUGGAACCAUCAAGAAGAUCACCUUUCCCGAAGGCAGCCCUUUCAAGUACGUAAAGGAGAGAGUUGAUGAGGUUGAUCACGUAAACUUCAAAUACAGCUACAGCGUGAUCGAGGGUGGUGUCGUGGGCGACAAACUGGAGAAAAUUUGUAACGAGAUCAAGAUAGUGGCAGCUCCUGAUGGAGGAUCCAUCUUGAAGAUCAGCAACAAGUACCACACCAAAGGCGACCAUGAGAUGAAUGCAGAGCAGAUUAAGAUUGGAAAAGAAAAGGCAGAGGGACUUUUCAGGGCCGUUGAGAGCUACCUCUUGGCACACUCUGAUGCCUACAACUAAAUACUGCUUAAUUUCGAUCGGCUUCAUUGUGUUUUGGUCUAGCCGUAAAUACUGCUUAAUUUCGGCUUGCUAAUAAAAGAGCUUGCGGUUGUGAUCAUCUGCUUGCUGGAGAUGUUAUGUUGUAACUCGGAAGAAUGCAAAGCAACCACUAAUUUGCAUCCAUACAAAUAAUAAUACAAAUUAUAUAUAGAAAUUACAGUCUUACUCGCAAA